AUGGCGAAUGGGAAGAGCGCAUUGGAUGUUUGCACGCCGUCACUCACACCAGUCACCAAUGCCAAAUUGGACAACGGAAAACGUGACAAGGGCAGCUUGAAUGAGGGCGUUGAAAAUGUUGAAUACACGUUGAAACCUACGACUAGAGCAUAUGCUUCUACGGCAAGGCUGAAUCUGCAACAUUAUCUAUGGAAGGACCAAACCGGCUAUCUACUACACCCCAGCAUACCCCUGUCGGGCAUUGAGAAUCUCAAAAUCGCAGACGUGGGUACGGGCACGGGAAUCUGGCUCCUCGAUCUCGCCCGCACUCUUCCUCCAACGGCGCAACUCGAUGGCUUCGACAUCGAUAUCUCGGACUGCCCGCCCGAGCAAUGGCUGCCGCGGAACGUCAGGAUGCGACAUCUCGACGCUCUGGGCGAGAUUCCCGAGCAUCUAGCCGGGAAAUACGAUAUCGUACAGCUGCGGCUGUUCCAAGUGGUCGUCAAGGACAAUGAUCCCGGGCCGCUGUUGCGGAACAUGGUGAAGAUGUUGAAACCGGGCGGCCACCUCCAAUGGGGCGAAUACGACAUGACAACGCACACCACAAUCAAAGCAUCGCCCUCCCUCAGCACCACCGCCCUCGACGCCAUCCCAGCAUUCGUGCAAGGCUUCAAGAAGAGAGACGGGCGCGUCGGAGUGCAAAACUGGAUCCCCCACCUCCCCCAAACCUUCCUUACGCACUCCCUCACCCACACAACCAGCACGCGCCACGCGACCGCCCCGCCCUACCUCCCCUCCCAACUCGACAUCUACCUCCUCACGUACGAAGAGCUGGCGGCCAAGACCUUCGACCCGAUGCCCGGCGGGCACGGCGACAGGCUCCGGGAGCUGGUCGUCGCGGCCGGGGGAGGAGGGCCGGAGGGGCGUCGGGUGGGGGAUGGAUCGCGGAUGGGUUCGUCGUAG